AUGACGCCCAUCAUGUCUGGCCAACAGCGUCGAUAUAUGAGCAAACGGCAGCGGCCUUGCGAUUUCUGCCGGUCCCGCAAGACGGCAUGCCGCAUUGAUCCAGCGCCGCCCUGCCGUCUUUGCGUGCUGCAUGGCCGGGACUGCACCUUUGUCGAAGGCACGGCACCCAGGAAACGGCUUUUACCAUCCGACGAGAUCAAAGACCGGGCUGUAGCGCAGCCGGACUCUCAGGAGCCCAUGCCGAUCACGACGGCCCCGAGUCCGGCGCAUCCUCUUCCGCGAGGUCAAGAAGACCAAGCGUCACACGGCGAUGAGAUGACCUUCGUCGACAGCCUCAACUUCGAUACGACGCAGUCCGAGUUUGAGGCCAUGUUCCAAAGCCCACGCGCUUUCAGCACGCCGUCCACUGUAUGGGCGAGCAUCACCCCUCGACAGCCGGGAUCGCGGGAACACAUCGAGUACCCUCCCGGCGCCAACCCUCAGCUGUUGGGACUCAGCGGUGACAUGGAUCCCCUUUUGCUGCGUCAUUAUCGCACCGACGAGAGUGGCAUGUUUGGCUUCAAAGAACUCGCCAUCCACUCGGUGCAGGACUCGUCGAUGCCGUGCCAGUUUCUCCUCUCCCAGCAGUCCAUAUUCUCUCGUCGGAGAGACGAAUGCGGCGUGGACCGGCCCACCGAGGAUGCGCUCUCUGCGCAGCUCGCAAGAAUCGUCCCCGCCGCCGUUGGUGCGCGUCUCAUAACGCUGUUCAGAGACUUUGUCCAGCCCCAGUUCCCCAUCUUCGCAACAUCGUUGUUCCCGGAUCCCACGUCGACGCCGGCAUACCUCCUUGCGGCCAUCUAUGCCAUGUCGCUUCCCUUUGUGGUGUAUGACGACAAACUGAGCGUCGACGUCGCGUACGACAAACCGCCGUACCCGGCGUUGUCGCAAAUCAUCGACAAGGCUCUCUCGUACGAGCUUCAUUCGCCAAGCAUCCCCGUCGCCCAGACGCUGCUCCUCCUCGUCUUGCGACCAUCCGCGGACCCUUUGGUAGCUGAUACGGCGUACCGACGGGAUGUGCUGGGGAGACUCGUCUCCUGCGCCACAACCCUUGGCCUUCACCUUGACCCUUCGGAUUGGUCCAUGCCUGAGCGGCAAAAGGCUCACCGUCGUAGACUCUCCUUUGUCAUUUAUGCAGUUGACACGUGGAUCGCCUCCACUCACGGGACUCCGCCGUCUACUCAUCGAGACAACUGGUUGGUUACCAACUGGGAACCUGGGGACUUUGUUGAUUCGGGUCUCGGCUCCGAUGAUGAGUCGCGGCUCAUGGACUUUGCAACCAUCACAGGGGUUUUGAGUUCGGCGCUUGCAAGCCUUUACUCUGUCCGAGCCAUUCACGAGCUGUCCAAGAGCUGUGGUGGUGUUUCUACCGUCACCCAACCGCUGCUGCAGGCUCUGGCCUCAAUACCACAACCAAGCAGUCCAGAGUCGAGUGCGCGUAAUCUUGCACUAUCCUACACUCAGUUGGUCAUUCUUCGCGCAGAGCUACGGCCUUCGCUAGCACCAGGCUCACAACUUGGUCCAGACGAAGGCAAUUUCGCGCGAACCGUAAGGGGGAAAACAAAGAGCUGCACUCGAGCUCUCACGGACGUGAUACGAAGCCUGAGCCCAGACACAGAUGGCAUGUUCUGGCCAUCUUGGACUCAGCUGGUCUUCUCAUCCAUUUGCUUCUCACUGGUGACCAUGACCGUCUCAUCGCCCGACUUCGAUGAAGCCUCGGCCUGGAUCGCCGACUUACAGUCGGCUCGUAAGAGUCUUCGGUUAAAAGUCGCUUCGUUCCCAUUUCUGCGCCUAGGCCUCCUCAGGAUCGAUGCUCUGUUCUGGCGCGGCAUCACAAACGUUUUGCAUCUCGAGACACAUGUUGAAGAAGCAUUCAGAGCCGCGGAGCUGGUUUGA